ACUGGGGCUGAAGCACUUCAACCAGACAGAUCUCCCCUACCAGCUCAUGUGUUGCUACCUCAUCCGUACCAAGAAGCAGGACCAGCUACGCUCCUGUGUCAAGGAGCUGUGUGGCCACAAGACAUCUGACAACACUAUCAAGUUGUCCUGUCAGCACAACAUAGUUCCUGCCAUGCAGGAGACCUGUGGCAGGGUGAUGCCAGGGGAAGAGCGCCCCCCAUUGGAGAGAGAGAUGUCCGUCAUGCCCAACUGGCUACGGAAGAGUCUACCAUUCAUCCACAGGGCAGUGAUGGAGUAUAAUAAACCACAUGGGAAAUCCCCACCCAGAAUACCUCCACAUCCUCCAGCACCUCCUUACACGUUCGCCAAUGGGACACGAUAUCCCUCAUCUCUCCCUAGAAUUGUCACCCUGCGCCUACACCCCUGCAUGAACUACAAAGGCGAGCGCCCACCCAUCGCCCCUAAACCUCGUCCCUUCUACGCAUUCACCCGUUCUGCCCCCCUUACGGGGCUCAAAAACGCCCUGUUCUCCCAAACGGAAUGGGCUACACCAGCAGGCACUGGAGUGUCGGUGCCCAGCAACAGUGUCUUACCCAGUGGAGAGCGUCCGGGCAGCAGUUUAAGAGGAAGCAGCUCCACCGAGGUGGAAGGGCAUUACAGAAGAGAGCUGGAAGAGGAGGGUCUCUCCUGA